AAAGCAAACAAUUAACAAUUAUUAUAGUAGCAUAGCUUAAAAUGUUUCCAAAAUUUAACAAAAAUAUUAUAAGUUGCCUAUAUUCGAGAGUGGUGUAGCGUAUAAGCAGUGUUGUCUAUGCUGGAUUCGCAGCACUCUGUGAAUAAGCUGACGGAGCUUUCGUUAUCCAUUGGAAACACUGCGAAGAAAUUAAGUUUGAAAUUGCAGUUCAGUCUUGUCGUGAAUGCAGCGCAGAUCGAUAAUAAAACCAGAAGCAGCGGAGAAGUGCUUUGAACAAAAAAUUCGACACAUAAUUUAAGUAUCCCCGUUUUGGGUUCAUUCUGCAAAAAUUCCCAUACUAAAACGUUGCUUAUCAAAAUCGCAAAACCAACGCAAAAUUCAAAUUCCUCUACAAAAGCAAAAUCAAAAUUGUAAAACAUAGAAGACAAAAGUGUAUAAAUCUAACAAAAAAGCUACAAUUGUGUAAGCUGAAUGAAAUGGUUAAAUCAAAUCCAAACACCAAGCUGGAAUCAAUAGUUCAAUCAAUUUGCCAAGUAAUAAUUGAAUAGAAUAACUAAUCUAGGAAUUGUGUUAAAAGUGUCCCCUAAAAAUUAAACACAUUUGAAAUGAAAAUUUUCGCCUACGUGCAGUGAAAAUUUUUUUCCGAUUUUUAGUAUGUACAUGUACGUUAAAACGCUCGUGGGCACCAUAGCAGGCACAUCGGGUGGAGGAGGCGUCCGGCGAGCUUUUGCCACCCCUACGACCAGCUACUGCUGCUGCUGAUGCGGCUGCUAACGGUUUUCUAGCACGAAACAAAUGGCCAAUGAAAUGUUGUGCACGUCAGCGAACAAUUUGCAAACCAUCAUUAUGCAAAUCAAGUGUAAAAAAUGCCAAAAACUUAAAAACCACUGUAAUAUAGAGUACAAAACAAGGCAACAAUAUUAACGCAAAAAUAAAAACGAAAAGAAAAGGAAGAAAGAAGAAAAAAUAAUCAGCAGCAGUGAAACGGUGCGAAUAAGUAACAAAAGCUAACAGUGCAUUAACAGCCGCAGCCAACUUUGUGUAUUUUUUUGUGUUCUGAGCUUUUCUCUCUCACGCUGCUCUCUCUCCCUCUCUUUCGCUGUCUGUGACUCCCACUAACACUCUCUCGGCUUUGGUUCGACACUCACUCUCUCUCUGUGAAACAAAAGUUCAAUGAAAACUAUAAGCGCGGAUAAUAUUCCAAUGUAUCGCAGCAGUCGGGGGCUGUUGUAGUAAUAGUACACACCAAUACAAGGACACAGAGUGAAAGCUUGCCAGUCAAGGACUGGAAUACGACGCGUAUACGCAGCCAAGAGUCAUCGUCAACGACAACGCCAACGCCAACGCCAAAGCCAGAGUCGAAAGCAAGGCGACAUUUACGUUUUACGCGCGCAACUCUGUAACUAUUUGUGUGCGCGUGUGUGAUAGUGUGCGUAUACGCACGUGUGUCUGUGUGUGCGUGCGUGUGAAUGAGCGCGCGCCAAGUGCAACAUAUCAGAGAUAUAGGAUUAUAGAUACAUAUAGCAGACACACACACGCAUAGCAGACGAACAUCCUUCAAGGACUGCACAAACUAUGCAUUUGAGGCCAUGACAGCCCACAACAGCAUUGACAACGUCCACAAAAUGGACUGCGACCACGUCGUCGAUGCCAAGAAGCUGCUGUUGAUAGCUGACGAUAAUAACAACAAUAAUAAUAAUAAUAAUGACACGCGGCUGCUGCCCGAGCCAGUUGAAUCUCCUACCAAAGCCUGCUCCUCCGAUUUACUAUUCAACAAGGCGCGACGCCGGCGAAGAGCUCUCGAAGCACACAACCAGCUGAAGCAUCCGGAGCAGUCGGAGCACUCUCUUCUACGUCCUCGUCCUCGUGCUCGGCCAGCCAUAAUGGUCGAGUACCGACGCUCAUAUCGAGUGCUCAUCGUGACCGCGCUCCUCGUCAGCUUGGUUGCCAGCUUCAUUACGAUUAGUGCUGGCUUUCCGCUCGAUGGCUCGCAGAACUCCUUCUACACGUUCCGCAAGUGGUAUACCGGCCUCAAUGGCACAUUGGAGCUGGAAUUCAAGACGGAACAGCCCAAUGGCCUCGUACUCUACACGGAUGAUGGUGGCACCUAUGAUUUCUUCGAGCUGAAACUGGUCGAGGGCGCCCUGCGUCUGCGCUAUAAUCUUGGCGGAGGCGCACAAAUCAUCACCGUGGGCAGGGAGCUGCACGAUGGCCAUUGGCAUAAGGUGCAGGUGCUGCGCAAUGAUGAUCAGACCUCGUUGAUUGUGGACGGCGUCUCACAGCAGCGUUCGACCAAAGGCAAAGAGUUCCAGUUUGGCAAGUUUGCCAGCAACUCGGAUGUGUAUGUCGGCGGCAUGCCCAACUGGUACAGCAGCAAGCUUGCGCUGCUCGCACUGCCCAGCGUUAUCUUUGAGCCACGCUUCCGUGGCGCCAUUCGCAAUCUAGUCUAUGCGGAUCAGCCGGGUGGCACCACCAGGCGCCAGGAGAUGAAGCAGCCGCGGGACAUCAAGUGCGGCGAUGCGCCCUGCGACCAUGGCGAGAUGCCAACACGCGAGCGAGGCAUGAGGGGCGUUCGAGGCAACACGACCGAUGCCUGUGAGCGCAACGAUCCCUGCCAGCACGGCGGCAUAUGCAUAUCCACUGAUUCCGGUCCAAUUUGCGAGUGUCGCAACCUUGAGUACGAUGGCCAGUAUUGUGAGAAGGAGAAGGCGCCAUCGGAAGCAACGUUCCGCGGUACACAGUUCCUUUCGUAUGACUUGGGCCAGACGGGCGCCGAGCCAAUUGUCAGUGCCCAAGAUGCGAUCUCUUUCUACUUUCGCACUCGCCAGCCAAAUGGUCUCCUCUUCUACACGGGCCACGGCACCGACUAUCUGAAUCUGGCGCUGCGCGAUGGCGGCGUCUCGCUGACCAUGGGUCUGGCCAAUGGCAAGCAGGAGAUGCACAUUAAGCCAUCGAAGGUGCGCUUCGACGACCAUCAGUGGCACAAGGUUACGGUGCAUCGACGCAUCCAGGAGAUCUCGUCUAUCACCAGCUUCUGUCGGCUCGUCACUGUGGUCGAUGAUGUCUAUACGGAUCACUCGCACAUUGCCGGCAAGUUUACCAUGCUGUCCUCGUCUCGCGUCUACGUUGGCGGCGCUGUUAAUCCACGUGCUUUGCUCGGCGCUCGCGUGCACAACAAUUUUGUGGGCUGUUUGCGCAAAGUGGAGUUCUCCGCAGACACUUUGAACUUGAAUCUCAUCGAUCUGGCCAAGAGUGGCUCAAAGUUAAUUCAAGUGGCGGGCAGUCUGGAGUAUCAGUGUCCUAGUGGCGAUCCUCAGGAUCCUGUGACCUUCACCACACGCGAAUCCCAUUUGGUGCUGCCGCCAUGGGAGACGGGCAAGCAGAGCUCCAUCAGCUUUAAAUUCCGCACCAAGGAACCCAAUGGCAUCAUCAUACUGGCCACCGGCUCCAAGCAGCCGCGUGCCAAGAACCCCGUGCUGAUUGCCAUUGAGCUGCUUAAUGGACACAUCUAUAUACAUCUGGAUCUCGGUUCCGGUGCCUCGAAGAUACGCGCCUCGCGACGCCGCGUUGACGAUGGCGACUGGCAUGAUCUCAUACUGCGACGCAAUGGUCGCGAUGCCAAGGUGGCUGUGGACGGCAUUUGGAAUGAUUUUCGUACACCUGGCGACGGCACCAUACUGGAGCUCGAUGGUCAUAUGUAUGUGGGUGGCGUUGGGCCUGCUUACAAUAAUGUGGCCUGGCCGGCGGCCAUCUGGACGGCAACGUUGCGACAGGGAUUUGUGGGCUGUUUGCGUGACCUGGUGCUCAGCGGCAAGGCGAUCGAUAUAGCUGCCUUUGCACGCGUGCAGGACUCGGCUUCGGUGAAACCUUCGUGCCAUGUGCAGGGCAAUGUUUGCAGCGGCAAUCCCUGCCUCAACGGCGGCACCUGUCUCGAGGGCUGGAAUCGACCCAUCUGCGACUGCUCGGCUACCUUGUAUGGCGGACCAACCUGCGGCAGGGAAUUGGCCACGUUGGCCUUCAAUGGCAGCCAGCACAUGACCAUUUGGCUGGCCAAUGGACAGGGCACCAAGACACAGACCGAGGAGCUCAUUAUACGUUUCAAGACCUCACGUCCCGCUGGAUUGUUGCUCUUGACAAGCGCCGAAUCGAAUUCACCAGAUCGUCUAGAGAUUGCCUUGGUGGCUGGACGCAUUCGAGCAAGUGUCCGGCUGAGCGAUCGGGAGAAGAACCUGCUCGCUGGCCAAUCGGUGCUCAAUGACAAUAAUUGGCACACCAUACGAUUUUCGCGUAGAGCAUCGAAUCUGCGUCUACAAGUUGACGGGGCUCCCCCCGUCAGGGGUAUGUUAUCUGAGACAAUCCUGGGACGCCACAGCACCAUGGAGAUACGUUCCAUCCAUCUCGGUGGACUCUUCCAUGCCGAGGAGGAGAUCCAAAUGACCUCGACCAUGCCGAACUUUGUGGGACAAAUGCAGGGCUUCAUAUUCAAUGGACAGCGCUAUUUGGAUAUCGUAAAGUCGUUGGGACCGGAGCUGUCGGCGCUGCCGAGUGCCACCUUCAAGCUGACCGCACGCUUUGUCAACUCGCCAGCUGGACAACCGUAUCAUGCGGCCACGUUCCGCUCCAAGCACUCCUACGUGGGUCUGGCCAUGCUCAAGGCCUACACAAGCAUCUCCAUUGACUUCCGCUUUAAGACAGUGGAACCAAAUGGUUUGCUCGUCUUCAAUGGCGGCAGACGCAACGAUUUUGUCGCUGUGGAGCUGGUCAAUGGCCACAUACACUACACCUUCGAUCUGGGAGAUGGACCUGUGACGAUGCGGGACAAGUCUCGCAUACACAUGAACGACAAUCGCUGGCAUCAAGUCAGCAUACGUCGUCCGGGACCCAAGACUCAUACUCUGACCGUGGACGAUUCCUUUGAGAUUAUCACGCUGACGGGCAAUAAUAUGCAUCUGGAGUUGGCGGGCAUUUUGUACAUUGGCGGCGUCUUUAGGGACAUGUACUCCAAGUUGCCGGGUUCGAUCUCAUCUCGCUCUGGCUUUGAGGGUUGCCUGGCUUCUUUGGAUUUGGGUGAUACGUCGCCUUCGCUUACCAGCGAUGCAGUUGUGCCCAGCUCGCUGGUUGUAAGUGGAUGUGAGGGACCCACCAAGUGCAGCCAGAAUGCGUGCGCCAAUCGUGGCAUCUGUGUGCAACAAUGGAAUGCGUAUGCCUGCGAAUGUGACAUGACUUCGUACACGGGACCCACUUGCUAUGAUGAAUCGAUUGCCUACGAUUUUGGCAACAACAAGGGCAUGGUGCAGUACACUUUCCCCGAGAAUACGCAGGCGGACACCGAGGAGGACAACAUUGCAUUGGGUUUCAUCACCACCAAACCGGAUGCGGUGUUGCUUCGCGUUGAGAGUGCCACCACACAGGAUUACAUGGAACUGGAGAUUGUGGAGGGCAACAUCUUUAUGGUGUACAACAUAGGCAGCGUGGAUCUGCCGCUGGGCGAGAUUGGAACUAAGGUCAACGACAAUGCCUAUCACGUGGUGCGCUUCUCCCGCAAAGGUGGCAAUGCCACGCUUCAACUGGACGACUACAAUGUGCAGGCACUUACACCGCAGGGCCACCACUCGACCGUGUUCAAUACGAUGUCGAACAUCCAGGUGGGAGGCAAGUUUAGCCGCAACGGUCGCAUAAGGAUCGAGCGUCCGUUUGCUGGCGUCAUUGCCGGUUUGUCGGUGAACAAGCUGCGCAUUCUGGAUUUGGCCGUCGAACGCGAUCCCCAUAUCACCGUGCGAGGAGAUGUUCAAUUGGUAACUGGAGUAUUAGAUAGAAAUGAUCUGCAGAGAAUGCAGCAGACUUUGAAUUCUACUCGACAGACGCCAGCAAGCGGUUACCCGGGUGCCAUAGACGAUCUGAUUUUCUCCGGCGCCGGAUCCGGAUGUCGUGGCGACGACGAAGACGAAUGCACGCCUCCCUUCGAGUCGGGCAGUGGAGAUGAUCUCAUCACGCCGGUCUAUGUGCCACCCACAAAGCAGACAACAACCACACAGCAGGGCAACAGCUUGAGUGUCGAUCGCAACAACAACAACAAUAACACAAGCAACAACAACAAUGGCACAGAGCGUGCCUGCGAUGAUGAGGAUUGUGUGCACGGAUCUGGGGAUUAUGGCGAGACAACGGAACAGUUCACAGCGACAAGCACGGCGAAGGGUGCAGAGUCCAAUAACGAGAUGGUCACCGCUUCGACCACAGGACGCAGCAGCGAUGUCACCACGGAGCAGCAGCAACACAGCAGCACCAGCAGCAGUAGCAGCAGUAGCAGCAGCAGCAGCAGUAGCAGCAGCAGCAGCUUGGGCAGCAGCACUCCCAGCUACAUGACAACGAUGUCGAGUGCUGGAACUGGCAGCAGCAGCAGCACAUCAAUCAGCCAGCCCAGCAGCACCAGCAGCGUGAGCACCACUUCGACACAGCGCACCACCAGCAGCUCGAGCACAACAACAACCACGACGACGACAACAACGACUACCACAACGCCAGUGCCAGAGAUACGGACCACGGUGACAGAACGCGACACCACACAGAAUAUCUAUGAUGCGAUAGGCGGUGGUAUGGGUGGCGGUGGCUCAGGUCACGAUCAUGAGCGUAUGCGACUGCCCGAUGAGCAUUCGUUGCCCCCGAUGCCACCGCAAUUGCCACAACCGGAUCCACCGCCAUACGGACCGUACGGUGGCAACACCUACAACAGCAAUGUGAACAGCUAUCGACCCAAGGGCGGCAAGGGUGGACGCAUCAACUCCAUUGAGGAGGAGCGCACGGCGAUGAUCAUUGGCAUUGUGGCGGGUAUUUUGAUAGCCGUCAUUCUGGUAAUAUUGCUGGUGUUGUGGCUGAAAUCGAAUGGCGAUCGUGGCUACAAGACGGAGAGCGAGAAAGCCGCCGCAUACGGUUCGCACAAUCCGAAUGCCGCCUUGCUGGGCAACACCAGCACCAAUGGCUCAUAUCAUCAGCAGCGGCAGCAUCAUCAGGCCACUGGCGGUGGCUUGCAGGCGGUGCAGCAUCAUGGGCAACAACAGCAGCCGCCGCAUCACAACAACCACAAUGGACACAACAAUGGCAGCGGCGGCGGUGGCAUGAUGUCCAGCGGCAGCGGUUCCUUGGGCUAUGGCAGCGAUGGUCGCCCACAGAUGGCGGGAUUGGUGCAGCCAAAGGCCAAGAAGCGCGACUCAAAGGAUGUCAAGGAGUGGUAUGUCUAAGGAGGACAGGACAACUAACAAAAGCGUCGUCAAAUUAGCAAUAAAACACGUGAUGAUGAACAUCCAUUUACCCAGAAUACACAACAACAACAAGAACAGCAAAAACAAUAAUCUAUAGAGAAAGUAUAAUUAUUUAUUUACAAUUGACUCGUGACGUUAAUUAGACACAUUGACAAAGUGUACAAAUGACGGAAGGAUAAUAAGCGGUGCCCGCACGGAUUGGUUUGUUAUGGCAAUAAUGUUAGCAAAAGGACAUAAAUCAACACACACACACACACACUAACUCAAACACACAGAUACUUUAGCUGCAUAUGCAUUAAGUUUUAAAGGCAUUAAAUCUAGCUGACGGAAAACAAAAAAAGAAAAAUGAAAAAAUACGAUUAAUAAACAUACAUUUUGAGCAAAAAUUAUGCCUAAGAAAUUAUAGCUUCAAACUCAAGACUUGCUAAAAAAAAACAAAAAAAAAAUGAUGCAGCAUAUAUAUACACUCGUAAUAUAUAUAUAUAUACAUAUGUGUGUGUAUAUUAUCAUUAUGUUAUAGUAAACAAAUUAUGCCACUAGCCAAUCAAAUAAUUGUGUAUAAUAUUUCGCUACAAAAAACAAAAUAUAAUCGAAAGAUGUCGAUGAUACAAAAUGCAUACACAAAACUUUAGCGAAAAUUCAAUGUAAACGUAAUUUAAUGAAAUACUUAUAAUGAAUACUUAUACACAUACUAAUACUAUAUAUAUAUAUACAGAUAUAAAUACAUCCAAUUCUAUAUAAAAAACAGUUUCUGUUUGUUGCGUGAACAGCGUGUAAAGUUAUCAAAUGUGGUGCUGUAAUCUAAUGAAAGACGCAGGCAGCGUGCAAUUUAAUGCUACUUAUUAUUAUACAUACAUAUAUAGUAAUGAAAAUACUAAUGAUAAUGAAGCGAAACAUGAUAAUACUAAUGCUAAUGAAUAUAAUAAUGAAGAAAACAAUGAUGAAAUGCACGAAUCUCUCUGCUAACUGAUUGUUUAAUUGAAUUGAAACUGGCUUUAAUUAGUUAAUUGAAUAAUGAAAAUAAUAAUGAUGAUGAUGAUGUGGAUGAGAAACCCAAUUGAAAAACUGUACUCGUAGAAUUCCCCCAAACGCUUUAGUUAAUUUUAUUAUAUAUAUGCAUACUAUAUAUAUGUGUAUAUGUAAGUAAUGCGAUUUCCUUGUUUGCGUGCAGCAAGCGAAAGCGAUUUUUGAUUUGUUUUUUAACCCCAAGGGAGAAAUUCCCACAACAUAUAUACUUUUAAUACAAUGUAUAUGUAUUUGAGACUAUAUAUUGCCAGGGAACUUCUCUGUGCAAUAUGAACUCGGACAUAUCAAUUGACAAGACACCAUCUCACAUACACACACACGCACACUUGACACACACACACAGACAUCGACACUCGACACUGAAGCGAACCUACCUAGCUUUUUUACGAAAAAAUGUGAGCGAAAAUUACUUUACAGCUAAACAAGAGGAAAAUGAAAAACCAAAGUGAAAAAUGAAAAAUGAUAAAUGAAAACGAAAACGAGAACAAGCAACAAUUUUACAGUAUUAGAGCCGCAUUAUGCGUAUUUUUCGAGGCUUACGUGACGUAUACACAAUCAGCAGCUGCAACUAACAAUAAGAAAACUCUCUCACACACUCACACAUUAAAACACUCAUCACGUUGGAAGAUAUCGUUUAGUGAAACGCUUUCUUUGAUUUGGCAGCUAUUUCAAUUCAUUUAUACACUCACACCACACAAACACACACACACACACAUACACACACGCCCAUGUCCAAGGACUUAGCUGAAUUGAGUUGUUCAUUGUUAUCCUGAAUUAACGUUUAACCAAUCGACGGUUUAUACCAAUAUCGAAUGUACUAUUUAUACAUAUAUACAUAUAUAAAUAUAUCUAUUUACAUAUACAACAAUAUAUGUGUAUAUUUAACAUCUAACUGCAUACAUAUAUAUACUGCAUUUCAAACAAAUUUUUGAUAUAUUUUCGAGUGUUUUGAAACCUCAACUUGUAUACAACCGAAAUACCACAUGACGAAAACUAGCGAAUCUAGCAAAAUGAAGGACACCUAGGACAAUUACAACAAAACAAAAAACACAAUACAAUGCACACAAAUUUAUACAUAUAUAUACUCUAUACAAAUGAAUGACCCUUCUUACAUAAUAAUACUAAUACAUUCAUACAUACUCUACUCUUUAUAUAAACUUAUACAUACAAAACAAAAUCAUACAAUACAUGCAUAUAUACGAUAUAAUGUAAAAUUAAUUAUUAUUGAUUAUUAUUAUUACGAUUAUGAUUAUCAUUAUGUCCCUUCGCGAUUUGAUAAUUAAUUGAUAAUUAAAUUCAAAUGCUGUUGAUAACUACUACUAUAUAUUUAAAAAACCAAAACAAAACAAAACAAAUUCCCACUUAUGUAAUGAAACACAAACACUCUCUCCAAAUGGCUACGACAAAUUUCUAUCUUCACAAUGUUAAUGCUGCACAAGGAAAUCUCUGCAUUUAAAAUAAAAAAAAAACAAAAACAAAGCAACCAAAAAAAAAACAAAGAAAAAGCAAAUAAACCACAAAGUUUAUUCAUUUCUCGAUUGAUAUCAACUCAAAUCUUUUGCCUUGCGAAUAUUCAAAAUGCACACUAAAAAACCGAAAAACCAAAAAAAUUAAAAUUUAACUUAUUGAAAAUUCUACACACGCCAUGCAAAUUGUUUAAAAACCAAUAUUAGAAAAAGGUAAAACCAAAAAAAAAAAACCCAAAAAAACGAAAAAGAAAAAAGAAAACCAAUUAAAUCAA